AUGCAAUUAUUCUCAUGGCUCUCUUAAAAAAUAGUGUAAUUGAGUGCAAUUACUCUUAUUUCAAUAGGUUUAACCUUAACUGGCUAUGGAAUUUACAUAGUUUCACUGAUAUUAUUCAAAAAUUAUGAUGGGUAUUUUAAAUUUGAUUCAGAUUUUGGAAUGUUUGGUUAAAAAUACGGCGCCCUUGUAAUUGGGUUGUCCCUUAUCAUAUUUGGAAUUUUUGGAAUUUUAGGAUCAACAGCUAAAAAAGUGUGUUUCCGAAGAGGUUUCUUGAUCCUUCAUCACCUAAGUGUAUUACUAUUUGGAAUCCUUUUUGUUGUAUUGUUUUAUUUGUUGAAUUUCAAGGCGAAAGAAUAUUUUGGGAGAUCAUGUGAGUCUACUCAGAAUUUCAAAGCAUUAAGUGAUGGUGUUAAAAGUGCAAAUGAAUCUUUUUGUUCUAUAAAAUGCCCAUGUAAUUUGGACGCUACUAAAUUUAAUGAUAAAUCAGUUCUAAGAGGGAAGGUUGGAUUCUCUUCAUCUGUUUUGCCAUCCAAUGUACAAAGUUGCGUAGGAUUUGAUACUGAAGAAUACAAAUACCCAGUUCAAUUGAUGAAUAUUUUGGAAAUGAACUUUUCAUGUUCUGGAUGGUGUACCAGUACUUCCAUAUUUGUUUUUUCGGAUAUAAAUAGAGGCAAUACAUCAGGUUAAAGUUGUUUCUUAAAGUUUUAAUCGUAUUAUGAGGAUUACGUAACAAUCAUGGGUUAUAUCUCUUUGUGUUUGGGCAUUCUAUUCAUGUUAUCUUUUUCUUUCAUAUUUUGUCUUUAUUGUGGAAGACAUGAUUUGGAAAAAUAGAGGGCUUAAGAGUUAAGAUUGUUAUGCAAAUGA